AUGGCCUGUGGUCCCCUGUCCCAGCUCCAGCUCCUGCUGCUUGCCCAGCUGCUUCUGGACAGCUCCCAGCUCCUGCUCGCCUCGGUGCUGGCCCAGACGCUGGCCCUGCCCCAUGUUCCCUGCCUACUGCAUGUGUGCCCCAAAGACGCAGGACCCACAUCCCUAACGGUCUGGGGAAAUGGGUAUAUUGAAGGUAAAGAACUAGAAAACUUCUUCCAAGAGCUGGAGAAGACAAGAAAAGUCUCUGGCAUGACGUCCAAGAGUGACAACUUGGGGGAGAAGAUGAAGGCGUUCAUGCAGAAGUAUGACAAGAACUCAGAUGGGAAGAUCGAGAUGGCGGAGCUGGCGCAGAUCCUGCCCACCGAGGAGAACUUCCUGCUGUGCUUCAGGCAGCAUGUGGGCUCCAGCGCCGAGUUUAUGGAGGCUUGGCGGAAGUACGACACAGACAGAAGCGGCUACAUUGAAGCCAAUGAGCUCAAGGGAUUCCUGUCGGACCUGCUGAAGAAGGCCAACCGGCCGUAUGAUGAGCCCAAGCUCCAGGAGUACACCCAGACCAUACUGCGGAUGUUUGACUUGAAUGGCGAUGGCAAACUGGGCCUGUCGGAGAUGUCGCGACUCUUGCCUGUACAGGAAAACUUCCUGCUUAAAUUUCAGGGCAUGAAGCUGAACUCAGAGGAAUUCAAUGCCAUCUUCACAUUUUACGACAAGGACGGCAGCGGCUACAUUGACGAGAACGAGCUGGAUGCCCUUCUCAAGGACCUGUACGAGAAAAACAAGAAGGAGAUGAACAUCCAAGAGCUCACCAACUACAGGAAGAGCGUCAUGUCCUUGGCCGAGGCGGGGAAGCUCUACCGCAAGGACCUGGAGAUUGUCCUCUGCAGCGAGACCCCCCUGUAAAGGGGCGACGGAG